ACUACCGACGGGUGGAGAAGAACUCGAAUUUAACACCAACUCUAACGCUAUCUACCCUCGACCUACACCCAUAAAUAUCACCCUCAGACCUGCGAAUUCUUCCAUUCCCAACCAGAGUUCGACACUCACACACAUAUAUAUACAUACACGUAUAUAUGUAUAUGAAAAACGCAACACUUCGUUUUAGCCAAAACAGAACCGUAAAAAUACUCUAAAAACCUUCCCCUUCGUGAUACGAAUCCAACGGAAAAAGAAUCGUUGAAAACGGUCGUGAAACGAGAGAGAUAUCGCUCGCCGGAGUUGCAAGUUGUGGAAGCGGGUCUUUAUAAAAAGCAGAUAUUUUGCUGUAGAUAGGGGUGGAGGAGCUUCGUCUCGCCGCAAGGAUCAUUUUGCAACUUGAAUCGUCGAAAUCCGUUAUCUGUGCUCAUUUAGAGACUGGAAUUGAGGAAGAGAAGUAGGAGCAUUUGGAUUUAAGGUAAGUUUCACGUCAACCGAAAUUAGUUCUUUUUCUUCGUGUUUUCUUUCAAAUAUUUUUGUGUGCAUAUUUGAGAAUUGAAUUUAUGUGUGCUGAAUUUGAGUGAAUAUUAUUAUACGAAAGGGUUGUAUUUGAGAUAUUAGUUUAUAUAUUAUUUUAUUGAUAUGAGUUAUUGUAUAUGAUUUUGGGAGAUUUUGUAAUAGUACGUAAAUUUCUUAUCCUUGUGGAAUUUGACAAAAAGGAAAUUUUUAAGGUACGAACUUCGAAUGAUUUUGAGAAGACAAAGAAGAAUAAAUAUUUUCAUAAAGAGUGGGCAUCGCGGGAGAAAUCCGUGGUGUCGGUUUUCCACGUCCCUUAAAAUGUGGAGGGUGGUUAGGUCUACUACUACUCAAUUUUUGUUGGUUUUGGUUUGAGGUGAAUUGACGGUCGGUAGAAAACAUCCCGGCUUUUGAGUAGUAGUGGUAGUAGUAGCUUCUAAUCAUUCAGUUUUUGAGGUGGGAUAGUUGGUAGAAAACAUCCUGACUACCCGGAUCGACUUACUAACCCGGAGGGCUUGGAAUACCUUUAGGGGGUGUGCACACUUAAAGUAGUUGUUUCCGUUUCCAAGGAGCAGUUGUGGUACCGGCGAUAGUUCCGGGGUGGCCGUACAUAACAACGGACCACCGGGCUCAACCAAAGUGUUGAGCACCGCCCUUCUAAAUUAUUAGGAAGUUAGAUACAAAGUGAUUUUGGGAGAAAUUCAAAAGAGGAGAAGUUUGGUGUUUCAUGUAUUUUGGAAUUAUUAUGGUUUACAAGUUAACUAUGUGAUUGGGAUUUUAUAUAGAUAUCGUUUACUUAGGAUUUAUGGUUUAUAAAGUGUUUUGAAAAAUAUUUUAUGAGGUUGUACGAAUUUAUAUAUAGUAUUUAUUAUUAUUUUAAAAGGUUAGGUGGAACUUACUUAGCAUUAUUGCUAAUGUUUGUUUCUUUUAUUUUUCUUUCUGUACAUGAUUUUUGUACAGAUGUUGAGUUGAUCGAUGUUGAAGUUGAUUUCGAGAGAGAGAGCUUUCGCUAGAAAACAUUAUUAGUAAAUCAUUGUAAAUUUCUUUUCAAUAACUUUAAUCAGUGAGUUUUUGAUUUUGAAGUUUAAGUUGUUUUAGCUUGUGCACUCGGUUAAGAGAGAACCGAGUGUGGCGGUAGCACCCCUAUUUCCCUUUGAAUUUUCCGCUGCACAUUUUGUGAUGUUUUCAAAUAAAGCUAAUAAUACUUUCCAAUAAAUCGUUAUUUAAAUGUAUUUUUGGGUGAGAAAUUUGGGGGUGUUACACGGAGGGAGUAUAAGUUAUUUACGGAAAAUUAUAAGUCACCGGAGUAUUUUGAGAAGGUUUUUCAAUAGUUGGGAUUAUUUUGAGAUAAUUGAUAAUUUGAAUUAUUUCAAGCAGAUCACUCAUAGUUGGGAUUAUUCUUAUCCAUAUUUUCAAAUAAGUAAGACUGGAGUUACUUUUUUGGAUGGAAUUGCUAAAGAAGAAUAUUUUAAUUAUUUCUCAUAUAUUUUUUCUUUAUUUAUUAAUAAUUAUUCUGAAAAAUAUGUAUAUUUUUUCACAAUUUAGUAGAUUAAGUCAAUUCAAUUCCAACCAGAACUUCAUCAAUUUUAAUAUAUUCAGGCAAUUCAGCCAAUUUAAGUGUUAACAAAAUAAGUCUUAACAAUUUUCAGCGACCAAGUAAAAAAUAUUAAUACCUUUUUCAUUCCCUUAGAUUAACAAGUAGUUGGGUGGUGUGCUGAGAGAUUGAGGGAAAGAUAAAGCAAGGGAUGUGGAUUGAAUUCCCAUGUCCUACAACUUUGUUUUUUGAUUGCUCUAGCCUAUAACUUUUUUUUUAAAGCAAAAGAAAGGAUUACUCAUGUAACAGUUUACAGAACAUAGUUUAUAUAUAUGCUCCCGCCUAUAACUAUAUGUACAAUAAUGAUAUAGAAAAAUAAUAAAAAUUUCUUAAACUUUGAAGGGGUGUGAGGUAAACACCCUAAACUUGUAUAUGUAAUUUAAACACUCCAAACUAUAUAUAAGAAGUUAUUUUCGCACCAUUGUCAUGUAUUAUUUCUUUCGAAAAUGUAAAUUUAUGGGGUUAAUUGCAUAAUUUAAAAUAGCAAAUUAAAAGUGUUGCAAUUAUAUAGAUUGGAGGUAAUGAUAGCCGUUAUAUUUACAUGUGUUUAACAUAAGUAUUUAUAAGUUUUUGUUGAAGAAAAGAAGACAAAUUGAGAAAAUACCUUCAAAAUGAGAGCUAAAGCAUAAAACAUUGUGAUGAAUGGCUUUUGGGACCAAAAGGAUGACGUUCUGCCCAAAAUUUGAGUAUAACUUAUUGUAGAGAACUCAAAAUCACUCGACUCGAAUUUCAUGUGAAUGUUAACUCAAUAAGGUACAAAUGUUAAGAAGACGUCAUGGCCGGAAUAUGAAAAGAUCAAGACUCAAUCAACCAAUAAAGUCAGAUGUUGCUGGUGGGAUUUCAGGAUGCAUACCUCUCAACUCAACUCAGGUAUAAAAAAAAACAAAAAACAAAAUAAAAAAAUUAAAACAGAAAUCAUCAUCUCAACUCAGGUAUCAUGGAUUUCCUACUCUCAAGAACACCUCGUUCCACUAUCGAGGAUUUCAUCUUUCAUCACAUUCUCCAACUUACAUUGAGGACAAUGUAUCUCAAGUGUGGGGUGCAACUCAUGGUUAAUUAAACAAAUUUUGUGUACAAAGUAAUUUCUUUAGGAAGGUAAAAGGUGUGAUAAUUCUCUUUUUAAUGGCUAAUUUGUUUGAGAAAGGUUUGAGUAUUCACAAAAAAAAACUAUCCUUUUUUUAGAUUUUUUACAUUACUCUUUACUCUUGAAAACCAUUCCCAAAAUAAACCUUGUGACUAGGAAACACCAUCUUCUUCCAUUUCCAAAAAUGGUUUAAGUACAUCUCAAAUAUUCAAGAACCAUUUCGGAAAACAAGCCACCCCAUAUCUCAUCAAAUAAAUUGGGAUGAUCAAAAUGACUUUCAGUAAAUGCUUGUUGAGAACCAAUUCAAAUGAGUUAUUAAAAAAAAUCACGGUCUCUUUCAAGAAUUUCAACUGAUCCACUUCUAUACUGAAAAGUCAAACACACCAAAAAACCAUCCUACACACCCAAAAAGUCAUAGUCACAAUCCACUCAAGGGUAUAAGUAAUUUUUCUAAAUCUAAUGAUAGUUUUGUGUGUCUAAUAGAAAUUUGGUUUUGGACCGAGAACGAUAAAAGAGUUUACAAAUUUUUUACCUCUAUUAAAAUUAAAAUUAUUUUUGUUCAUAUAUUUUUGUUGAAACUAACCAAGGCAUCCAAAGGUGAUAACAUUGCUCGAGGACUAGCAACGCUCAAGUGUGAGGGAAUUUGAUAGCCAUUUUAUUUACUUGUGUUUAACAUAAGUAUUUAUAAGUAUUUGUUGAAGAAAAGAAGACAAUUUGAGAAAAUACCUUCAAAACGAGAGCUAAAGCAUAAAACAUUGUGAUGAACGGCUUUUGGGACCAAAAGGAUGACGUUCUGCCCAUAAUUUGAGUAUAACUUAUUGUAGAGAACUCGAAAUCACUCAACUCGAAUUUCAUGUGAAUUUUAACUCAACAAGGUACAAAUUUUAUGAAAACGUCAUGGUCGGAAUAUGAAAGGAUCAAGACUCAAUCAACCAAUAAAGCCAGAUGUUGCUGGUGGGAUUUCAGGAUGCAUACCUCGUAGUGUUUUAUCCAUAUCUUUUGAUUGGAUGACUAAAAUCAUGUCAUUAAAGUUUUGGUGGAUAGAUACUUCAUUAUCUACAACUUUGGUGAAGGUAUCAUGUCCAAAUUCAUAGCGAAACAUCCCCAAAAUCCCAAGACAAAACCGGCACCAGAAUUGCACCAAACCGGCGUCGGUCUGAUGAUUUUUGCACAAGGCACUAUCCAGUAGCUUACCCGGCGCCGGGUAGGCCUGAUGGCCAGCACCGGGUACCCCAUUUUUCCAGAUUUUGCUGCGCACAAUAAAGAACCGGCGCCGGGUAGGCCUGAAACCGGCGCCGGGUAGGUCGAUUCUGCACAAAACACAACGACGUGCUCCAUAUUUUUGAUGGGAAAACUUCACCUUCUUCAUGAUUUCAUCAAAUAUUUCUUCCCUUCCGAAUUGUUGGGCUCGAAUAGACCAAAAGAUGCCAUUACUUAGCCUAUAUAAAGCCCUCAAUUCAUCAUACAAAUACAUUCCAUUCCAUAUAUUAAUUCCUAGCUUUUAUAUUUUGUUCUUGCUAUUUUUCUUCAAGUUCUUGAGGAGGGAAGUUCAUCCUCCGAAAUCAUUGGUAUUUAGGUAUUGUUUCUUUUGUAAUUUCAUGUUCCAUUACAUUUCAUUAUUGUAUUGUGAUUAAUAUGAGCACUAGUAGCUAACUUCUUAGCUAAGGCUAGGGAUGAACUUCUAUGCCCACUAGGUGUUUGAUAAAAGUUCUAAAUCAUUGAUUGUUUAUGACUAUGGUGUACAACAUAGAAGUAUGUUAAAUUUAGUUUAUACUUGCGAUUAACGUUGAAGUCUAAACUAUGAACAUUAAAGGAUAAACAUAUAUAGUACCGGGAAUAGAAAUAUAUCCGGUCUUAUAUGAUACGGGUGUGAUGUCUUGAUAUUCAACGGGGUUUUCGGUAGAUGAAUGUAAGCCAUAACGGGACUUACACGUAACGAAAACCACGCUCUCGCGCCUUAACCAGAGUUGAGAAUAUAUUAGCGACAUCGUAUUUAUAAUUAUUGGCAAAGAACUAAUAUUCAACCCUAUUUAAGCAUUUAAGUGAUCCCCGAAGCCUUAGUUGUUGUUAUUAUUCAUCUUAAACUCAAAAUUAGUUAACAAUUAUCUUCGUGAACAAAAAGUGAAAAACCAAAAAUAUAAAACACAAAUCAAAAUCCCUGCACUUUACUCAUUUCUUCAUUUAAAGCUAUCUACUCUCGGACUUGAAUUAAACAACGUUUCCUUGUGGAUUCGACCCGGUAUUUUACCGGAAUUUAUUACUAUAUCAGCACUUGUACACUUGCAAGUUUAGCCCGAUCGGGUAACAUUAUUUAUUUUGCAAUGGAAGUUUAGAAUGUUAAUUGUGUCCUAUGAAUUCUAAAAUAUUUUAAAUUAUGCAAUAAACACCAUAAAUUUACAUUUUUGAAUGAAAUAAUAUUUGCCUAUGGUGCUAAAAUAACUUUUAUAUAAAGUUUGGGGUAUUUAAAUUACAUAUGAAAGUUUGGAGUGUUCAUCUCACACCCCUUCAAAGUUUGGGGUAUUUUAAUUAUUUUUCUCAUAAUGAUAUGGAUACAAAUAGUUACUAUAUUGCAUAUAUUGAAGUCUUGCUAACAUUUGAAUUUUUGCCGAAACUCAUAAUGGUACCAUUGUACCAACUGUUCAAUUUAAAUGUAAGUGUGAUACUGAUUUGAUUCAUUUAAAACUUAAGGUAAUAAAAUGCAUCAUUACUGACAAUUAAGAUAACAUUUAUGCAUUCUACCCCAGUGAUUCAUAUCUUGGAGAUAGUGACCAAGCAUUAAUAAUGUACAUCAAAACAUUUUAAAGUGUCAUUCUUUCUUUGUUCAUGAAAUAAUGUUUGGUAUAUCAUACUACGUAUGAAUCUGUCAAUUCUGAUAUUUCCAUGUCAAUGUCUUUUAGACAUUCUAUUUGAGAGAUGAGAUGCUUGCCAAAUUCUUGUUUUAUAAGAGAGCUUUCUCUAUGUAAUGUCUAUUUAUUUAUCCAUUUGUGACAAUUAUAAGUAGACAAGAAAAAUUAAGAAUGUCUCUAUUUAAUCAAAUAAAAAUAUCUCUAGUGAAUUCCAUUUUCCCUUAAAUUGUGUGCCACUAGUUGUUGGUAUUCUUUGUACUUUAUUUUUGUAAAAUAGUCAUCAAUUACACCACAUUGUUAUGUUUUAGAUUUUUGGUCUAAUUCUUUCUUUGUUUUAUAAAAAAUCAUUGAUUUUUAGUCAAUGAGCGCAAAAUCUUAAAAUAACUACAUCUCUAUCGACACAAAUAUUGUACUUCAUAUCAUAGUUGUUAGUGGCAGUGAUAAGUAAUAGUCUUUUGUUACUUGUGGAUAUACUAUCAUUAAUUGGUGUUACUCGGUGUGAUUACCGAAAGUAAUAGUGGUUCACAGGGUUGAUCACGAACCAUUGUCGAUGGUAGCGAAUUUCAGAGGUGGUGGUCCAUAUAUGGUAGAAUAAAUGGUACCUGAUAGUGACUGUGGUUGUCGGUGACUAAUAGUCAUUGGCAACGAGGGUGUCAACAACCUACAAUGACAAUGCUCAUUGAAGAGCCCGGUGGUCCAUGAUGGGAUCAUGAUGGUUUUGACAAUCAUUGGCAAUGGCAACGAUGAUCACUUGCGCCGAUGGCGGUUAAUGAGGCCAUAGUAGCUUAGUGACUAAGAGUAAUAAUUAAAAUAUUACUUGUGUCAGCAAUCUAUUACAAUGGUCACACCCGAUGAUUGUUAUCACUUAAGAGUUAAGGUGAUGAUUUGCCUAUGCAAGUGGUGGUUGCUAAUUGUGGCAAGUGGUUAUGAGGCUGCCUAUAAUAUAUGGGGCUACAAGAAUGAUGCAGAUGGACCUUGAACAAUGGUGGUAGGUAUUAAUGAUGGAUAUUGAUUUUUUGUAAUGACGAAAGUGGAAGGUAGCGAAAAAAAUUGAUAGAUCUAAGGGAUGAGGAUAUAUAAAUGCAUGAACGUUGUGAAACUUAUAAUGUUUAAUUGAUUGUGGAUUCCAUUUUUACCACAAUGUUCAAUCAAAUAAAGUAAUUAACAUUGUG